UUCAGACGUGAGACACUGUGCAACAAAAUCGAUAUCCCUGAUGUUAACUGAGGCUUAAGUAAAACGCGUUUUUUUGUUUUUUUUUCAUUGAUUUAGUUGGAUUCUAAAAUGAAAUCCAUACUAUGGGUGACCUUAGCCCUUGUGAUCGGCGCGCACGCGCAACAACAAGAAAUCGCGUCGAAAAUCAGCGUGUCGGCGGACCCUGCGGAACCCCCGCAACAACCGGGGGUGCCGCAAGGACUGGUUAAGAACGCCGAGCAAAGAAACUAUCAGACCCAGCACGGUCUCAACAGCUUCAACGACGCAGGACCGGUCGAACCGUACGAGAUCGGAUGGAAUUAUCAUAAUUACGACAGAAUGACGCAAUUUCUCAGGGAUACCACCAGGAGGUAUCCCUCUUUGACCGCCCUGUAUUCCAUCGGAAAGUCAGUACAAGGUAGGGACUUGUGGGUUAUGGUUGUAUCAGCUUCUCCAUACGAACAUAUGAUUGGCAAACCUGACGUUAAAUAUAUUGGUAAUAUCCAUGGAAACGAAGCUGUCAGCAGAGAAUUGAUGUUACAUUUAAUACAUUAUUUGACUACAAGCUAUUCUACUGACCCUUACAUUCGCUGGCUCUUGGACAACACUAGAAUUCAUAUUCUACCAUCAAUGAACCCUGACGGUUUUGAGGUGUCCAAGGAAGGUACUUGCGAUGGUGGGCAAGGAAGAUAUAACGCAAGAGGUUUCGAUUUGAACCGGAAUUUCCCAGAUUACUUCAAGCAAAACAACAAGAGAGUUCAACCGGAGACAGAGGCAGUCAAAGAAUGGGUUUCCAAAAUACAAUUCGUGCUUUCCGGGUCGCUCCACGGCGGCGCUCUAGUCGCUAGCUACCCAUUCGACAACACGCCCAACUCACUGUUCCAGUCCUAUUCGUCAGCGCCCUCUUUGACGCCCGACGAUGACAUUUUCAAGCAUUUGGCUUUGACCUACUCCACGAAUCACGCCAAAAUGAGCAGGGGCGUUUCAUGCAAACAAUCGCAACAAUCUUUUAAAAGGGGAAUCACAAAUGGAGCUGAAUGGUACCCUCUGACAGGUGGUAUGCAAGAUUACAACUACGUAUGGUACGGUUGCAUGGAAGUGACCUUGGAAGUUUCUUGUUGCAAAUACCCGCCCGCGCACGAAUUACCGAAAUACUGGGAGGACAAUAAAUUGUCGCUGAUUAAAUAUUUGGCAGAAGCACACCGCGGCGUUCACGGUUUUGUCAUGGACGAAAAUGGCAACCCUGUCGAAAAGGCGUCCUUGAAAGUCAAGGCCAGGGAUGUCGGUUUCCAAUCCACUAAAUAUGGAGAGUUUUGGAGGAUUUUGCUGCCUGGAGUGUACAAGUUGGAGGUGUAUGCAGAUGGAUACGUUCCGAGGGAAAUCGACUUCAUGGUAAUCGAAGAACACCCAACUCUAUUGAAUGUCACGCUACAUGCCUCAAAGCCUGGUCAAUACUUUAAACCUCCCGUGACUUCGCCACCUUUGACAAUGUUAAGUGCGCAAACUGUUAGCGCGCAUUCUGGGGAUUUUAACUUUCCGGAAGACUAAAUUAACCUAAACAUUAAAAUUAACUUGCUGUUUUAGAAAGGACGGUCAUUUCUACCGCCCCCAUCAGCCUCAGUACCAACAUAGGCAACCGCAAAUACCGCAGCAGCAAGCGCAAGGGAGCGGCAUCAUUUCGUCGAUCACUUCGGGCUUCAACAGCAUGUUAAAUUACUUUGGUUAAUAAUUUAUAAUUCGUCCGAAAAAGUCAAAGAGUGUUUCAGAGAACUUAAAAUAGGAGAAAAAGUUUGUAUAUCUAUAUUCAUAAUUUUGGCCCUUAAAAAAUGUUAAAUGUAAAAUUGCCAAAGAAUUUAAAACUUAACUUUUAAUCUUAUGUAAACACGUUUUCUGAAACUAACAUUCGGUGUACCCCAAGGUUCCUCUCUGGGCCCACCUGCGUAUUUAACGAUUGUACCUACUUGCCUUACAUGUUUUAUUUUAUUUAUGGAGCACUAUUUAUUGUUAGACUAGCACUGAUUUUUCCAAUUAUGUGAAAAUGUAUAAAAAGACAAAAAUUAGUUUAGUACAGCUAGUUACUUGUUAUUAUAGACUGUUAUUUAUUCUUAAAAUAAACAAAAUAUAAUUCAAACGAUUUUUAUUUAAAAUAAAAUACCUGUUUAUUCAGGCGGUGAAAUUUCUCUGGCCGGUUGAAAAGCCGCAAUAAAAGCUGUCAGUUGAAUGUUUUCGUUGCUACCAGCAGCUAGGUUGCUUUCUAUAGCUGCCAAAUCGACGAGUAGUUUUGUGAGAACUUGAAAUGGAAAUUCAA